CCGACACCUGAUUCCAACUAGAUGCAUGGUUGUGCGCUUGCAACACCACAAAGAGGUAUGACUUCUGCAGAUUUUUCUUCCUUGAGGUUUCAAUCGUUACAGCACAAACCAUUUGAGAGUUGAGAGGUGCUAUAUAUAAAAUUCUUAGUUAGCUCUAGCUAGGAGCUGCCAAAGACCAUUAGCUACUUGUCUAGUGGAGAAAGCUAGCUAGAAAGUUGUAAGCAUGGCUUCUACACCAGGUCCCUUAACCAACUGGCCAUGGAAAAAGCUUGGAAACUUCAAGUACCUGGUUUUGGCGCCUUGGGUGAUACACAGCACCUAUUCAUUCAUGACCAAGGAUGAAACAGAGAGAGACGUUGGAAACUUCCUUACCUUUCCAUUUCUGCUAUUUAGGAUGCUUCAUAGCCAGAUAUGGAUAAGCUUAGCUCGUUAUCAAACAGCAAAAAGCAAGCACAGGAUAGUCCACAAGGGUAUCGAAUUCGAACAAGUAGACAGGGAAAGAAAUUGGGACGAUCAAAUCAUAUUAAAUGGUCUUCUAUAUUACAUUGUACCUAUUUUCUAUAGUAAGGCUGCAAGAUUGCCGGUGUGGAGGUGGGAUGGCGUUAUUCUCAUAAUGCUCCUUCAUGCAGGCCCAGUGGAAUUCCUUUACUAUUGGCUUCAUAGAGCUUUGCACCAUCACUUUCUUUACUCACGCUACCAUUCUCACCAUCAUUCCUCCAUCGUCACGGAGCCCAUAACAUCUGUGAUUCAUCCAUUUGCAGAACAUCUCCUUUAUUUCAGUCUCUUCUCGAUCCCCUUGGUAGCCACGAUGAUAACAGGGACUAUUUCAGGCGGAGCACUUGCUGCAUAUUUAACUUACAUUGACUUCAUGAACUAUAUGGGCCAUUGCAACUUCGAGCUAGUUCCCAAGAGGCUUUUCCACAUCUUUCCUUUUCUCAAGUACCUCAUGUACACUCCAUCGUUUCACUCUCUUCACCACACAAAAUUCCGGACCAACUACUCUCUCUUCAUGCCUAUUUACGAUUACAUGUAUGGCACCAUGGAUGACACCUCCGACACACUGUAUGAAACUUCACUGGAAGGGAAGACAGAGACGCCACAUGUGGUUCAUCUAACGCAUCUGACAACACUAGAAUCCAUCUACCAUUUACGGCCAGGAUUUGCUUCGUUGGCUUCUGGGCCCUACGCUCCAAAUUGGUAUCUGUGGAUAUUGUGGCCAGUGACAUAUGCGUCCAUGUUGUUUACAUGGAUCUCUGGUUCUAUAUUUACUGUUGAGAGAAAUAUGCUUAAUGAACUCAAGAUGCAAAUAUGGGCUAUACCAAGAUACAGUUUUCAGUACAUGUUGUCAUGGAAAAUAGAUUCAAUCAAUAAUUUGAUUGAGAAAGCAAUACUAGAGGCUGAUGCAGGAGGUGUCAAGGUUAUGAGUUUAGGUCUUCUAAAUCAGGGCGAGGAAUUGAAUGGAAAUGGGGAACUUUAUGUGAAGAAACAUCCAAAACUAAAGAUUAGACUUGUGGACGGGAGUAGUUUGGUGGUUGCUGUUGUGCUUAAUAGCAUACCACAGGGAACGACACAAGUACUUUUAAGAGGAAAGCCUGCUUCCAAAAUUGUUUAUGCCAUUGCCUCAUCUUUGUGCCAAAGAGGGGUCCAGGUAGUUGUUACAAGCAAGGAUGAUAUUGAGAAGCUAAAAUUGCGACUACCUAAAGAGUUGUGGAGUAACUUGGUCGUUUCAAGUAGUUACACCCAGAAGGUAUGGUUGGUGGAUGAUGCAGUUAUGACAAGGGAGGAACAGAAGCGAGCACCAAAGGGAACCCACUUCAUUCCAUUCUCACAGUUUUCGCCAAAGAAGUUGCGCAGCAAUGACUGUGUUUACUACCACACACCGGCCAUGGCGAUCCCCAAAGCUUUGGAGAACGUGCAUUCGUGUGAGAAUUGGCUACCGAGGAGGGUGAUGAGUGCAAGGCGUAUAGCAGGAAUAAUACACGCAUUGGAAGGGUGGGAAGAACACGAAUGCGGAGACAACAUGCUCAUCGAUGUGCAGAAAAUAUGGGUUGCGGCUCUGCGUCAUGGCUUCCUUCCUCUUCCUCUGUCGCACAUUUGAAUAUUUGAUCCAUCCCGGAUUUGCAGAGAAUUCUAAUUUGUGUUUGUUGGACUAAAUUAAUAAUUAAUUAAUGCUCUUAAUUUCUGGGCUUGUAUAAUGAGUUAUAAUACUAAUACCCAAAAGCAAAAUAUGUUCCCUGGCCUUGUGUAAAUGUAAAAUGUAUUAAUUAGUAGUAAUCUAGCUAGCUACCACAAUUUGUAAUUGGAGUUGAAGUGAUUUCUUUCGUGUGUUAUAUGAUUCGAGGUCUUUCUUUGUAUCACCACCUGCAUAUAUAUAUGAGAUUACAUUUAAUU